UCCUGUUCCGCGGUUCGUUUCCGGCGCGGCGGCGGCGGCGGCGGCGGAAGAUGAAGGCGUGUGCUAGGGCGGCAGGGGAGAGGCUCCCUCUGGUUCGCGCCCCCGCCAGACAACCGCUGGCUCAGAGCUUUCUGAAGGUCGGCAAAUUAUAUUCUCAACAUGAGACAAAGUGUGUUGUGUCCUGCUCAGUGAAUGUGUCAGAAAACAUUUCACACCGCGUAGAAGACAGCACAGAACACAUUUUUCCAGCAUCGAAAGAUCAUGUGGCGAAAGCAAUCGACGCAAUAAAUGGGGGACAAGUGAUCGCGGUGCCCACAGAUACAAUAUACGGGUUUUCUUGUGAUGCCUGUUCUGCGGAAGCAGUAAAUCGGAUAUAUGAGAUCAAAGGACGCAUACAUACACGCCCUUUGGCAAUCUGUGUUGCUGAUGUCCCAGACAUAUCAAGGUUUGCAGUGGUGGAUCAUUUGCCAGAUGGGUUGCUUCACAGUCUACUUCCUGGGCCUGUCACUGUUGUUUUGAAACGAGGUGAAAACAGUAUAUUGGAGAGAUCACUUAAUCCUGGUCUGGACAGCAUUGGUGUACGUGUGCCAUAUCUGGACUUCAUACGAUCCAUUGCUCGUGGUGCUGGGAGUGCACUUGCACUUACAAGCGCCAACUUAAGCGGUCGACCUAGUAGUGUCAGCGUCAAAGACUUUGGAGAUCUGUGGCCACAUUGUUCAUAUGUGUUUGAUGGUGGAGUACUUCCUUCUGGGCGUGCUGGUUCAACAAUUGUUGACCUGAUAACACCAGGAGUCUACAAGAUAUUGAGAGAUGGAAGUUCAAGGGAGGAAACAACGGCUGUGCUUGGCAAGUUUGGCUUUGUUGAAGCUUCAUGACAGCUCAGGUGCAUUCGUAGUGUUGGUAGGAUCAGAGUUCACUUGUUGAUCAUCUCAUUUUCUGUUUAAUUAGGUUGCGGCUGAGUAUAGGAUGUUCUUUGUGAUUUACUCUUCCCUCUUUUGAACUUUUUGGUUGAAGCAUCAGUUUGUUGUAUGCCAAUUAAGUCCACGUCAAUGCCGCUACGGGCUUACAGUGUGAUGUAACAUUCAUUUGGUACAGGUCAUUCAGAUAUAUAGUAGAUGUCAUAGCUAUGCAACCUGUUUAAGUUUGAUUGAGAUAGAUUUUGUACAAAGAUAAGGGUUAACUAAUUCAGGACAUAUUGUGCU